CCAGUUCGUUUGUUUGGGUUUUUUUCAGAUAUUUAGAACAAAUAACCGAUCAAUAGUUGUUAAAAUCCACUGAUAUGAAAUGCUGAUGUGUUUUUCCGGCCCUGCCUGGACUCACUGCUGCACUACAGGAAGUGAUGCAAUCAUCCGGAAAGGAAAUACGUCUCCAGAGAAAGGACACGCCACACUUUUCAGUUUCUCCCUGGGCAGCCAGUGCGGUAGUGACUGUGAAAGUUGAGGGGUGUGAAUACUUUCCGCGCAGCGCCGAGUCUAUUUAAGGAGCUGCGGCGCCACGCCUCCCAGCCGGAUCCGUUCCUCCAGCUCCGCUCGCUGCGCUGCUGCAGAGCGGCUUCACCAUCCAGGACGGGCGGAUCGGAACCAGCAGCAGCGACCGGACCCGAACCGGGACCCAAAGAGGCAGAGGCAGAGGGAGGGGGGAGAAUGUGACAACUGCUGGAGGCUGCACCGCCUUUAGGGAGGCCUCGGCUCUUGCACCUGUCCCUCUCCGUCUCCGCGCCCAGGCGCAGUUCGGGCAGAGCGACGCUCCUUUCUUCCCGGGGAGGCGCUCUCACACACACGGACAGCCGGAGGGAGGCGCGCACACCGCGGCAGACACCGGCCAGGCAGGCAGCAUGACUUCAGCCUACAACCUGGAUUUUCUGCCCGAUAUGAUGGUGGAGAGCCGCCUGCUCGUCCCUGGAGACAGAAUCAACGGCACGGCCGGGAAGAUGAACGGGGCGCUGGAGCAUUCGGACCAGCCGGACCCGGACGCCAUCAAGAUGUUUGUGGGUCAGAUCCCGCGCUCCUGGUCGGAGAAGGAGCUGAAGGAGCUGUUUGAGCCGUACGGCGCCGUUUACCAGAUCAACAUCCUCCGGGACCGCAGCCAGAACCCUCCACAGAGCAAAGGCUGCUGUUUUGUCACGUUUUACACAAGGAAAGCUGCCCUUGAAGCCCAGAAUGCACUGCAUAACAUAAAGACCUUAACAGGGAUGCAUCACCCUAUUCAGAUGAAACCUGCAGACAGUGAGAAAUCUAAUGCUGUUGAAGACAGGAAGCUGUUCAUCGGCAUGGUGUCGAAGAAGUGCAACGAGAACGACAUCCGGGUCAUGUUCUCCGCGUUCGGCCAGAUCGAGGAGUGCCGGAUCCUCCGGGGGCCCGACGGGCUCAGCAGAGGUUGUGCGUUUGUCACGUUUUCCACCAGAGCCAUGGCACAGAAUGCAAUCAAAGCCAUGCACCAGUCUCAGACCAUGGAGGGCUGCUCGUCUCCCAUCGUGGUGAAGUUUGCCGACACACAGAAGGACAAGGAGCAGCGGCGUCUGCAGCAGCAGCUGGCGCAGCAGAUGCAGCAGCUCAACAGUGCGACCACCUGGGGGAGCCUGACGGGCCUGGGCGGCCUCACCCCGCAGUACCUGGCUCUGCUGCAGCAGGCCGCCUCCUCCGGCAACCUGGGAGCCUUCAGCGGGAUCCAGCAGAUGGCCGGUAUGAGCGCUCUGCAGUUGCAGAAUCUGGCCACUUUAGCGGCAGCGGCGGCGGCGGCCCAAAACUCAGCCAGCCCCUCCACCGCAAACCCCCUGUCCUCCAGCGCCGCCUCCCUGGGAGCGUUGGCCAGCCCAGCAGGCACAACGGCCAGCUCCAACGCCAGUGCCAUGAACUCUCUGACCUCUCUGGGCACCCUGCAGGGCCUGGCAGGCGCGACUGUUGGCCUGAACAACAUUAAUGCACUAGCAGUUGCUCAAAUGCUCUCAGGUAUGGCGGCUCUAAACGGAGGCCUUGGCGGCGCAGGGCUCACCAACGGCACGGCAGGCACCAUGGACGCGCUGACGCAGGCCUACUCAGGGAUCCAGCAGUACGCCGCCGCAGCGCUGCCCACCCUCUACAGCCAGUCCCUGCUGCAGCAGCAGGGGGCCGCCGGCAGCCAGAAGGAGGGGCCUGAAGGUGCCAACCUCUUCAUCUACCACCUGCCCCAGGAGUUCGGAGACCAGGAUUUACUGCAGAUGUUCAUGCCUUUCGGAAACGUGGUCUCCGCCAAAGUCUUCAUCGACAAACAGACAAACCUUAGCAAGUGCUUUGGCUUCGUCAGCUACGACAAUCCGGUGUCGGCACAGGCAGCCAUUCAGGCCAUGAACGGCUUCCAGAUCGGCAUGAAGCGGCUGAAGGUGCAGCUGAAGCGCUCCAAGAACGACAGCAAACCUUACUGAUUUUAGCACUAGGUCUGUCCGCUCCCCCAGUUAGCACUGCUAGGGUAAGUCUCCCUCCCCCCAUUUAAAAAGAGCAAAAGUGAUGGUUAAAAAAAAGUUUAUUGAAAAUAAAGCGAGCCGCGGCCUCUUGGGUCUGGGGGGGUCGGGGUGAACAGAGGGAUUGUGGGAGGUAGGGGGAGAUGACCUACAACCACCUGAGGGAGACGCACUUUUCUUUUUGGUUAUUUUUGAAGAUUUCUAUGUAAGCCUUCAACUAUUAUUAUUUAUUACAGCUUUUGACACACAUGAACACUUCCAUUUCUGCCAUUACUUUGUGCAAUCUACUUUUCUUUCUCUUUACAAUGGAAGAAAGUUGUUUUUUUCAAAGAAUAGUUUCUUUAAACUUUAAUUUUAUUCUUUUACAUUGAUUAUUUAUACAUUUAUAAAGACUAGUUUGAGUGGAAAGUCGAGACAAAGGAGCCAUGGUACCAUCAGUUUCUUCUUUAGUUUUCUGUUUUGAACUCGAAGGCUGUGAUGGGUUCAUUUUUCAAAAUUUUCUCCUUUUUUAAAGCGCUCGCCAAUAUGCACAUUCGCCCUUUGACCUCCACGGUGUUGGUUGCAGGCUGCCGCUGCUUCUCAGAAAAACCCCUUGAUGCCUGCUGGCAACCCGGGAGCAAAGGCUGCAAAACAUUCGUGGCCUCUUAACUGUAAAGUUACACUCUACCACCACAAGAAGACAAAAAAUACACAAAAUCCAGCUAAACAUUGUCAUUUAUGUACAAAUACAGUUUUUCUUAUUUCACAGAAGUUUAACAAAAAUUGUUCUUACUUUUCUGGGUCGGAUCACAUUGGUCUUUUAUGUGAAAAGAUUAUAACAGCAUGUAGAUUUGAAAAAAAUAAAAAUAAACUAAAUCCAGAAUUUGUGGAAGGAAAUAAUAGUACUACAAAAAUAAGUUUAUGGGUCAAAGGGGCGGGUCUCUGAAAAUACUUGAGGUUUGUUGACAGAUUAAAAAAAUAAUUCAAAGUACAGUAAAGCCACAGGCCUGUAAAUUUUAUUUGUAAAAAAGCAGUUCUAUUUUUAUACAACAUUUUUACUGCCUCAGAUGAAGAAAAAAUGAUUUUAUUUAUUGCCUAUCGUUAAGUUAUUGGACUCCGAUAAAGUAAACAGCAUCGCUCAACUCGACCCUGUGGAGAAACCUGCUGGAGUUCUCCCCGUUUUCCUUUUUUAAAAUCCUUUCACGCGAGUGUUUGUUUUAAUUUUUGUGCAGAAACAUGGUGACAGAUCCAUAAGCCCUCCCACAUCCCGCCCGUCUCUGUGACCUUCAUCCAUCUUUUCAACGCGUCCUUCUCCAUUUGUCCUCUUCGAUUUCGUUAGGGUUGUUUUAAGCGUUUAAUUUUUUCGUGUUUUUGUCUGUCUGUCUAUCUGUCCCCCCUCCCGUCUGUAAAAUUUAAAAUAAAUUUUUAAAACAGAAAGAAAUUGAUAAAAAAUAAAAUAUCGCUCCCCAAACACCACCAUCCAUCUGGGAGUGAUGGAUACGGCUUUGGGUGUGAAUGUGUGUUGUUGCUCGUAAAUAUAGACCUAUAACAUUCAUGUCAGUUUUCUAGUAUGUAAAGAAAUGUAAACUUAAUGCUAAAUCUGCUUAUGAAACCAGCGUGUUGUGUUGCUGUUCAGGGUUUGUUUGUUGUUUGUCGUUGACUUUUGGUUUGGUUUCUUUGGAAGAUGAUGCUGUUGUGGUGUGCUGCUCUGGCUCUCUGUGUGUAACUCUCUCCUCUCCCGUUUUUUCUUUCCCCCUUUUAGAACAACCCAUCUCCAUGCCUGUUAGUUCAUCGUUUGCCUAGCAUGUCUUCGUGGCGUCCAAAAAAACAAACAAAAAAACCUUAAACAAAAAAACAGUGUCCUCUUCCUCCUACCCCGUCAUUGUUUCUCUGAUGUCUUUUCCGAGCUCACCUGAUCAUAACCUGGUUCUCCUCCACCGCUGCCUACUGAUCUUUUCAGCUUUUAGCUUUUUGGACUUUUAAAUAUCAGUUUUAUGUUUUGGUUUUGUGUUUCUUUUUCUUUUCUUUUUUUUUUUGCAUGUGACUUCAUUUGGAUUUUAGGGAGGCGUGGUUCAGAAAAUGACUUAAUGUGAAAAAGAUAAAGCUGCAUUCAUAUGAAAUUUAACUAGAAAGACUGAGAUUUUUAUGAACAAAUGUUCUUUUUGAGGUAAAAAAAAUGACAACCUGUGGUUAAAAAAGUGAUUUCCAUUCUUUAUGUGAUUUUUUUCUUUCCUUCUUUCAUUUUAACGUAAACUUGAAAGUUCACUACAGGAAUUGGCUCUUCAUCUUGCUUCUGGUUGCAGACGGAAAAACAAAAACCAAGCAGCACCAGAAGCAGUUGGUGCCAGUUUCUCUGAGAAAUAAGACUACUUCCACACAGUUUUAAUAAAAACUGUCUGAUCAAUAUUAGACUCUCAGAGCUCUCUAAUGGUUUUUACAUUUUUCAGGCAGUGUAAAGUUUUUUGAUAAGGCCAUUUUAAGUGGCUCUGUUUCUCAUUCAAAGUCUAUAUAUAGAACCACUUUUUUCUAGAGUAGUUUAAAGGUAAAAAAUAAAAAAAGGACAUUUGUCCUGUUUGGGGGGGAGAAAUGCUACCUACUUGUGUCACCUUUUGCUGAACUGACUCACAGAUAGACAAUCCGUGGUUUUAAAUGCACAUGAUGAAAUUACCUAUAUUUUCUACUGUUUAAAUGUAUAGAGGAAAAAAACUACGAUACCUGUAACCCACGUUAACGUCGGUGCUUCUUGUGAGUUUAGUUGUGGUUUCAUCACAAGUCUAACGGUCUUAAAUGUCUCAUGUUUUCUCAAGAGAAGACAAAAAAAAUCAGUUUACUUGAACAAUAGACAAAGCCUUUCAUAUUACUAUAAUAGUUAAUUUGUUUUUUUUAUUUUAUUUUUAAGGAGUCCCUAUUUGCUAAAUCUCUUGUUGGUUAAUUAGCUAUAUAAAAUUCCUAAAAAUCUAUAUAAAUAUAAAUAUACCUAUAAAUAUAUAUAUAAAAUGUCAGCUCGUGAAGCAUCAAUGUCAUUAUUAUUUUAUUUCUCUCGUGGGAAACAAUAUUUAGAUGUGUUUUGUUGUUCAGCAAAAUGUCUUAUAAGGAAAAAAAGACAAGAUCAGUGGAGUUUAGUGCCAAAUCCUGGAGGUACUUCCUGCCUAGCGCGUCAGUGUAUUUCUUGUGAAAUAAUUUGAUAACAUGGGUAUUUUAUUAUAAGUGUUUUGUAUGGAUCCCUCAUAUUUAAAGUAUAGAUUUAAAAAAGAGUUUGUUAACUUGCUAUUCUGUGGUCUUGUUGCCUGACAAUGUCAUGUUUGCUUUUUUCUUUGUAAAGAUGUAAAAAGUGCCCAUGUGUCAUAUAAAUAUAUAUAUAAAUAUAUCUAUACACACAUAUGCACACAUGGACACACAAACACUCUCGUGCAGACCUCACAGUUUACUUUUUAAAUGUGCAUGAGAGCCCCUGAGCGUGAAAUCCUCUUCAGCAGCCGCUGCUACCCAACACACACACACACACACACACACACACACACACACACACACACACACACACACACACACACAUCACGUCAAUAUUUUUAGCCACUGUACCGCUGUUUGAGUCAUGAAAGCCUUACCACAAAUCUUUGCACUCCUGUUCUCUCUGUUUUUAUUAGCCGCUCAGUCCAAACGUCAGGCUUCGCCGUGCGUUUUCUGACUCCAGCUGAAAAUAUUCAAGCCAGAGUCAGACGCGAAGCCUUAUUUCUCUAAAUCCCCGUCUUAUCCCUUAUUGUUGAGUUCAAAAACCUUUCAGAGUCGUUUGUAUCUGAUGGCGAGAAUCGUUACUGUUUAUCGCCUCCGAGGAGCUUUCAUGAUGUAAGCACAGGGCAAGACUCGUUCAUUCAGCCUCAGUCUGUUUAGGAAAAAGCACACGUCACCGUCCGUCAGUCCGUCGGGUCGGCCGGCCGGCGGGAAGGAGGCGGGCGGGACGCUCCGGAUCUGCUGCUCAGCUCUUUCAUUUAUUUUUUUUGUCUCGUCGUGUAAUGGGCCAAAAUCAUGUAUAGAUGCCAAAGUGUGUUAUUGACAUUCACAUAGUCAAGUCGUUUACAUGGCACAGUGUUGUCAGUCUAUUCAACUGCCCCUCCCUGAAAGCCUCGUUUACGGUCUGCAAAAAAGACAAAAAAAAGGCAGCAUUAUUUUCUACAGAAGCUCACCAGUCGCCUUAACCAGGGAGAGUCGCACCAGUGUUAUAAAGAUAGAGGAUGUUGUGCCAAGUCCAGGUUCAGUUCUGUGUGCCGUUAACGCCCCAUCUGUUUGGGUUUCCUCCAUUUCGUCCGCCAAGACGGGAAGGGACGCUCUUCUCCGGAUUGUUGUCUCCCAGGCUAACCGAGGUUAUUAGAAACAGGAGGAGCAUCUUAUUGGAGCGGCGACGGGGGAAAUAAAAGCUUGUUGGCUUAAGAGGAAGAGGUCGCGUCUGCAGGUCCACACAGGAAAAAACAAGGAGAUGAAGGCAGCGCCGCUUUCAUUAGAUGCUCAACACCAAACUGAGAUGUUAUUUCUCUGAUUGUGGAACUUUAAUGCUGCAAACAUCAAGAGUGGAGAAAGAAACAGCCAUAACUACACGUUUAACAGCCGGAAAAUUUAAGAACCAACAGAGGAAUAUUUGUGUGUAGUGGACCUAAAAGGUUUACACACCCGUUAAAACUCUGAUUAUUUAUCACAUCAGGCCGAGAACACAGGCAGUCCAAGACCUGGGAAGAUUAAUACAGUUUUAUGCAUUUUGGCCUUUAAUCCACCUAAAUAUUAUUAUUUCUGGAAACUCCAACCAAAGUGUAAGAAAACAGUUUAUAUCUUCUUGAAAAUGAGUUUUAGAUUCUCCCAGUUUAUCCUCACACUUCAACAUUGUCUUUUUAUCCUGCUUUGGUCAUUAAAAGUUAUUCAAUCUUCCACACAGGUCAACUUCCUGCCGCCAUAUUUAAUCUGUAACAGGAAGUCGUGUUUGCUUUGACGGAUUCUGAUUGGCUGGUUUUAGCUUUGCGCUACACUGCCCCCUAUGCUUUUGGUAUGUUUAUAACAUCAUGAGUACGAUACUUUUUAAAACAAGAGAUAUUUGUUUACAUCUGGCAGCAAUCUCCUGCAUCGUUUAUUGAUUUAUGGUACGAAAAGUCAGAUUAAGCUUCAACAAAUUUAGCAACAACGUAAAUGUUCGACUUUAUUCUUAGAAUAUUAUUUUAUUCUCACGAUAUGACUUUGUUUCUGGUAAUAUUUUAUUCUCAUGUUUUUUAUCUUGUAAUGCAAGUAUUUUGUGUUAUUCUGACUUCCUUGCUCGUCUUGGCGUUCACAUAUGCGCAUAAUUUCACCUCAGCUGAACCAAACCGAGGUUUGCAGAGUUUUUCUGCUCGUUGGAACUCCAGUUUGAUUGAAGCGGACUAAACAAAAGAAAAGUGGGCGAAUAUUUCUGUGUCAAUUAUACAUUAAAUCUGUCAUUCUCAAUCAGAAAACCCUUCCACUAAAACGUGGUGUGUAAACCUUUUAUAUCUUCUAUACAACUCCAUAUCUCACACUCUCACUUCUCUCUUGCACAGUAUUUUUUCAUUUAAACACAGAUGCUAGAAGUUAAAGACCUGUAAAAGUCCAAAAACAAUAUUUUGCGCUGCCAAAUUGCACCAAGUUGCACACAGCCCGUUGUGGCGCAGCGUUAGCUUGAAGCAUCAGGCCUUUGGAAGCACAAGGAGCCGAGUUUCUGAGGAGCGGCUCACCUCAGGGGCUGUCAUCGCCAACGCUCGUUGUAAUCUUUCUAUCUCGUCACUGUUCACUUCUCUGUUCUCCUUCUUUCUUAAUUAUCUUAAGUGCUAUUUAUCAAAUACUGAAAUCUGAAAGGACAAAAAAAAUCUAACUUGUUGUUUCUUUGCAUUAUGGCUUAUGUCAAGUUUUUUGAGGAGAAAAAUGUUUUGUGUGUUCUCUUUCCGUGGCGUAAAAACAGAGCUUGUUGUCUGUAAAGAAAAAAAAACUACAAAAAUUCACCAAAAAAAAUCUGAUUUUUGUUGUUGCUGUUGUUGCUUUUGUUAAUUUUGACUCUCAAAAUGGUUUUCAGUAGUUUCAGAGUUAUUGUCUUGAGAGAAGCCAAAGUCAAUGCAUUUCAGUGGAUCCUGUAAGCGUGAUGUAUGUUUGUUUGACAACACUUGGAAAUCUGUCACUGGAUGGGAUUUAAAAAGUACAAAAAAUGCAGGCUUUCCUAUUUCUACAACUGAUUGUACUUAUGCAUUUUGUACCAGUGGAAUUUUUUAUACUGGAGAUUAAAGGAUACAACAAAAAAAUCUUAGAAAAACGCUGUCUGGCCUGGUGAUGUGGCCUGACCCGACUGGUCCCCGAGUUUGAUUUCUAGCUGGCAUCAAGAACGUUGGCUUUUGAUAUAAGAUUUUCUAAAAGAUCUUUGGCUUUAUUUCUUUCACUUCUUUUUCCUCACUUUAAUGUUUUUUUCUUUUUCAAAAAAGGAGGGUAGAUGAGUGUCAGACUUUUCAUUUUACUUAUUAAUAGUUCUAGCAAGUUUGUCUAUACAACAGCGGUAAGUUUCAUUUGACUUCUGUAUUGUGUCGUCUACACGAUAAGACAAUUAUAGAAAAAGAAAGAAUAGAAGUAUUUAGUCACCUUCAGUGGAUUAAUGUAUUAGUUUAAUAAAGAGAUCAACUAAUUAGAAACUUUUUGCUUUUAGCUGUUUAGAGUUUUCCGGUUUCUCUGUCCUUCUCUGUGAACUAACUGUGUAGCUGAAGCAGUCAGAAUUAUUUUUGUAAACGUAUGUUCUUGUGUGAUGCAGUUUUUUGCUUCUGUCUCCUAUAUUAAACCAUUUUUCCUAAUA